CACGUCACUCCUGUCAAAAUUUGUUGUGUCAUGUCUUCAUGUAAUAUUUUUGUCUCACAAUAACAAAAGAAAUUGCGAAAGAAAAUAUUAAAAUAAGGUGGAAAAGUUUAUAACCGUGUGUGAAAACUAAAGCUUAAUAGUCCUUCAUAAUGCAUUGGUUCGGUGGGACGAUCGCCGAAGCGGUAACACUAUCAAAACAGAAAAAUGCUAUUUUCGUUGUUUUUGUUGAAGGUGACAAUGAUCAGUCCAAAGAGCUGGCAGCAACAAUUGACGAUGGAGCAGUAUUGAAACGUUUGGCCGAUGAAAAUAACUUUCUCGCUAUCAAACUGAUGAGUGGUUCGGAGAAUUACACAUAUUUCGCACAGAUCUAUCAAUUUGUGCCCGUGCCUUCACUGUUCUUCAUCGGAAGGAACGGGACGCCGCUGGAGGUAGUCUGCGCCGGAGUGCAGGCGCAGAGCCUAGCGGAGAGGAUCGAUAGGAUACUCGAAGAGCAUUAUAAGGGCACAAAAACAACAGUGCAACCAUCCACAUCGGGGCAGAAUAUCAAACAACAAACGACAAACCUACUGCAAUCGGAAGCAGGUGCUGUUGCACCUCAUCCUGAACCAUCAGAGGCUGUGAAAGAGAAAACUCCAGAAGUUCUGUCCCAUGAAAAACCAGAAACGUCAGAACCACCUCCGAAGGUCCCCAAGACGACCCACCACGAGGUGACCCGCAGCGGGGCUGAGUACGACGUGGUCUGCGACGGGGACGUGUGCACCCGGGUGCCCAGGGACAACCCGCACUUGCCGGGCCCUAGCGGGGUGGACACGCAGACUAAGACAGUAGAGACGUCUUCAAGUGACAUCAGCGCAGAAGAGAAGAUGGAGAGAGCUAAAGAGCUGAUCGAGGCGAGACGGAGGGAGAAGGUGGAGAAAGAGAAAGAGCUGGAAAGACAGAAAGAGUUGGAGAGGAGAGCUACCGGCCAAGGUGUCGCUGAAUUGAAGAGAUGGCAGGCUGAGCAAGAGAUGAAACAGAUACAGGAGGAAAGAAAACGAGAGAGACUCGAGAACAAUCUCGCGAGACAGCGGAUACUGGAGCAGAUAGCGCAGGACAGAGCCGAGAGGAGAGCGCGGGAUCUGCCCCCGCCGCCCGUGCCACAGCCCGUGCCCCAUGCGACCGCCGGCGACGGCGGCGGGCGCGCGCGCGUGCAGUUCAAGCUGAGCGACGGCGGCUCGCGCACCGCAACGCCGCACAACGUCCAACAGAUGUCGCCGUCGUCGUUCUCGCUGUGGACGGCGUUCCCGCGCCGCGAGCUCGUGGCCGAGGGCGCCAGCCUACGCGAGCUGCAGCUGGCGCCCUCCGCCGCGCUGCUGGUGCUGCCGCGCCGCGCCGCGCCCGCCGCGCCCCCGCGCCUCGCGCCCCUCGCGCCCCUCCUGUCGUUCAUCAGCCAACUGUUCUCGUCGCUGAUCCUCGACCCGUCGUACCAGCUGUACGCGUGGCUGCGCGGACGCCUGUUCGCCGCGCCCCGAGUGCGCGGGCCAAGUCCCAACGCUGGGCCCACCAGUCCCACUAGCGCAGGCGCCGGCGCCGCUGGCCCCAACGCCAGCCCCAACGCCGGCCCCAACGGUAUCAGACGCCGUGGGAACAUACACCGGCUGACGGGCGAUAGGCCCGGUGAUGAUGAUAAUAACACGUGGAACGGGAACUCCACGCAGCAGAUGUGAGGUAAUGAAAAAAAACGCUGGUGAUGCCAUGUACAUGAAGAUAGCUUAGUCGCAAUUUCAAUUUGUUAUUUAGGGCAAGGAUAUAAUUUAAAAAAUUGUUUAAAAAUAAU